AAUCAUCGAUGCAUGCCAGUUUAGAUAGGUAGGUAUAUGACAACGAAGAAAGAUGGGGUAGCUUGGCUAUAGGCAGGCCUUGUCGGCAAGACAGUGUCGCUAGCAGCAGAAGGGUGGUCUACCCUUCCCUGUUCGGAUGCCUCUGUAUAAGCGUAUUGUCGACAGCAGAUGACAACAAUCUUUGGCAAAUAUCGCAACCGGUAUACCGAUUAUGUACGCGUCAGGCACAAGAUUCACUUCACAGCCAAUACCGACGUCAUCUACUUCGGGAAGCAGAUUCUGGCACUCAAAGAAGACUCACUUCCAUAUGCGGCGAACCCAGAUACCCUCGAGACCAAAGGGGCCCAUGACUUCCCAGGGCAGUACUCAGCCCUAACCUUUACUGCCCACCCGAAGCUAGAUCCUCACACAGGCGGAUUCAUCACUAUGAGUUAUGAGGCGCAAGGCGACAUGACAACUGACGUGGCGUACUUCCUCUUCGAUAGGAAUGGCAAGAAGCUUGUUUAACCGAAAAGCUCUUGUUCUUCUCACCGAUUGGGCAAGAUAUGCGCACCGCAAAGAGCGUCAAACCCCUCAAGAGCGGCCCCGUGAGCCACUACGUGCGCUGUAAGCUCGAUCCGAAUGCGAUUGACUUGUACGUCGAGCCCAAAGAUCUAGUGAACUUGGACGGAGAGAUGCCCCAGGUCGACGCGCGGAACGAUGCUAAACCUUACGACUAUCUAUUCCUGGCGAUGCAAGACUUCGAAGGUAAUAGAGGCGCCCGUGGGUGGGAACAAAAACAACAGAACAAACACAAGGAGCAUGAUCAGGACCAACUGAUCAGCCGUCCGUAGAAAAAGUGCUGGUGGUGCUAGACUAUAUAUUAG